CACUUGGCAAUAUUAAAAGGUGUGGCGUAGUAAAUCAUGGGGGAUUCGUUCUUCAACUGCUGUUAUGUCCCACCCCAUCCCCCAGGCGAGGAGGAACCCCAGAGACCCAGGCGCUCAGAGAUCAUGGCCUCCCACCCAGCUCACAUCUCCCCUGACAAGCGCUUCCUGAUCUUCUUUGACUUCGACGAGACCAUCGUGGAUGAAACCAGCGAUGACAUGGUAGUGCAGGCCGCCCCGGGUCAGCACCUCCCCGGGUGGCUGACGGACACUUAUCAGCCCGGCCGCUACAACGAAUACAUGCAGCGGGUGCUGGCCUACCUAGCGGAGCAGGGCGUCACCGAGAGCGACAUACGCAGCGUCAUGGAGAAGAUACCGGCCACACCCGGCAUGCUCACCCUCUUCCAGUUCCUCCGCAACCGGCCCGCGAAGGACUUUGAGGUGAUACUGCUGUCCGACGCCAACACCUACUUCAUAGAGUGCUGGCUCCGGCGCGUCGGGGCCCGGCAGCUGUUCCACCGGAUCUUUUCCAACCCCGCGACCUUCAACAAGGACGGGCGGCUGGUGCUGCGGCCCUUCCACUCUCACGACUGCCCCCGGUGCCCAGACAACAUGUGCAAGCAGGUGAUCGUCAGGGACUACGUGGCCCGCAGAACGCAGGAGCGGGGGCGCCCGUACCAGAGGAUCUUCUACGUCGGGGACGGAGCUAAUGACUUCUGCCCCGCGCUCUCCCUCGGUCCCCGCGACGUGGCCUUCCCGCGGAGAGACUUCCCCAUGCACCGGCUGAUCACCGAGACCCACGAAGCCCAGCCAGGGGAGUUCAAGGCUGUCACGGUGCCUUGGGUGAGCGCGGAGGAUGUGGUGCAGCGGCUCCGGAAACUGGUGGCAGAUUAAAGGGUCACACACUUAGAGAGAGAGUGUAGCACAGAGGGGGGUAAUCAAGGGGCCAGCUGACACUUUAUGUCAUAUUCUCAGGUAAAAUAUUCCCAGAAAUUGUUGUGCAAGGCAAUAAGAUAAUUUGUACCAUCUGCGAGGGUCAUUGUGUCUAUCUGGCAUCCAACACGUGCCUCAGUCCAGAAUCUCACGUUUUUGUUCCCGAGGUCAGUCCUGAAAUAGAAACUCGGUUUAAUCAUUAGACAUCAAGACCUCAGCUGUUACCCAAAGUGGGGAAAAAGAUCAAAUGUAAUGAUAUAAGCAUAUUAAAGAAUAUUUCAGUAUAACUAUAAAGUUUGAGAGCAUCCGAUUAAUAAAUAUCCUUCAGUGUGGACCAUGGAGUGAUCGUAAAUGUUAAAGUGGGUCAGUGGUGUGAGGAAUCACUGCAGCAGUCAAUAAAAAUCUUAUAAAUAACAUGACAAGUAUAUCAAUCAACUGACUUGAGUGCUCCUGAAUAGCAGUUAUAACUGUUUUGUUACAAACUGCACAUUUUUGAAUAUGCAACAUUAAAUUCAUUAAAUAAAAUUCAGACUUACACUGUCAUCUGAUGGCAAAGGGCAUUGAAACUGUCCUUCUGUCUAAUUGAGAACUGUAUGAAUGACCGUGUAUCAAGAGUGUGUGUUAUUGUUUAUCAGCCUGUCUUCAUUGUGUAGGCUUCGCCUACUGAAACUAUCAACACCAGCAGGAAUAAAGCCAUCGACUGAAA